CGAGAACGUUAAGGAACAGCGACCACCUCGGCGAUCUUGCGAAUAACGAUAACGUGGAUGGAGUAGCUGGCAACUGGACUCGUGGAACGACUCUACUUGCACCCAAUUAGCUGGUUACCGGUCUCGCAAAAUGGAUGACGCGGAAGUUGCCAAGAGCGAAGCUGAAACUGAGAGGGAAGAAUGCGAAGAUGAAGAGCUGCCGAUCACGACCACCACGAAGAACGCGUUGAUAACGACCCAGCUUGGUCCCUGUGACGUUUAUCCGCAUCGCGUCAAAGUGUCCAUCAUCGGCGUAGGAAAGAUUGGAAUUGCCUGCGCUAUCGCGAUCUUGAUGAGAAGAAUGGCCAGCGAGGUCUGCCUGAUCGAUCACGACUCGAACAAGGCUUCCGCCGAGGCCGAGGAUAUUCAGCACGUUGGAGCUUUCCUGGGGUGUCCUCUAGUAACUGGCACAUCAGAUUUCAGUAUGGUGAAGGAAUCCGCAGUGGUGAUAAUUUGCACUCGCGAAACUGCACCUGGUGAAAGCCCAAACGUAAGACACAAUUUCAAGGUCUUCAAGAAAAUCAUACCUGCUAUAGCAAGAUUCGCAUGUAAGUCCGUCAUCCUGGUCGUUACUCAGCCGACCGAUGUGAUGUCCUACAUCGCCUGGAAACUAUCAGGAUUUCCUUCUAAUCGCGUCCUUGGCAUCGGUACACUGAUAGACUGCGCGAGGUUUCAAGACUUCGUGAGCAGAAGAUUAAACGUGGCGCGAAGUUCAGUUACCUGUAUGGUGGUCGGAGCGCAAGGAGACAUGGCUGUUCCUAUAUGGUCGAGCAUCCAAGUGGGUGGAAUGAAACUUCGGGAUAUAAAUCCUAGAAUAGGGGAACAAGACGACCCUGAGAAGUGGUACGAAAUCUCGGAGAACGUAAAGAACGUUGGCACACAACUGGAGGAGAAGAAAGGAUCGUGUUGUUGGGGCGUUGCUAUCUCUACGGCGGAAAUCGUCGAUGCAAUUGUUAGGAACACCAAAGUCGUGCUUCCGGCGUCAACGCACAUUCUCAGUUGCGCUCACGGUACGGACAAGGACGUGUACAUGUCCGUGCCCUGUGUGAUCGGUCGAGAGGGUGUGUACUGUACCGUGCGACAGAAGCUAAGCGAACAAGAGAAGUCAGCGGUGCAGACGUGUGCGGACAGUAUUCGAGGUAUACUGCGGGAAUGCGGGAUUCUCCAGGAGACAAACCACGAGACGGAGUAG